GGAGCGUGAGAGACGGAGAGAGCUGAAGAUGAUGGCGGAGGGGAAGUUCGCCAGCCUGCCGCGGAACAUGCACAUGGGCAGGCAGUGCUCUCUGGCCACCUCCAUGGACCUGCUGAGCUCCCGUCCCGCCGUGGCCCAGCUGCCCCCCAGCGGCUACCAGAGCGUCUCCAUCCACGGCACCCUGCCCCGCAAGAAGAAGGGGGCAGGUCCCGCGCACCCGUGGGACGCACACUGCCACACGGGCUCCCUGCCUCACCCCGCCCGCUCCCGCCUGCCCUCCUCGCCCCUCAUCCACAACGUCAUCGAGGAGCACCGCCCUCUGAACACUACCUACAGGGACCAGAGCAGUAUGGAUCCCACCAUGGAGUACGUCAAGUUCUCCCGGGACAAGUACAUCAUGGAGGGACCUCCGGAGAAGCUGCGCAAGGAGCUGGAGGAGGAGCUGAAGCUGGGGUGUGAGGAGCCUCGCAGUCAUGCCUGGUACCACGGAGCCAUCCCCAGACAGGUGGCGGAGAGCCUGGUCCAGAGGGACGGAGACUUCCUGAUCCGCGACUCCCUGUCCAGCCCGGGCAACUAUGUCCUGACCUGCCAGUGGAAGAACAGCCCCCAGCACUUCAAGAUCAACAAGAAGGUGGUCGCCAUGAACGAGGCCUACUCCCGGGUGCAGUACCUGUUCGAGAAGGAGGGCUUUGACAGUGUGCCCGCCCUGGUGCGCUACUACGUGGGCAACCGCAAGCCCGUGUCCGAGGUCGUGGGCGCCAUCAUCUUCCAGCCCAUAAACAGGGGCCUGCCCCUGCGCUGCCUGGAGGAGAAGUACGGGGUGGCGGCCGUCCGGGUGGAGGCUGUCACAGCGGAGCGCAAGAGCCAGCCUUCCAAGCGCCUGAGCCUGAACAUCAUGAACGGGCACGCCCAGGACCACGCCCUCAGCCGUGGGAACCUGCUGAGGAACAAAGACAAGUGCGGAAGCCAGCCGGCGUGUCUCAAUCACGUUCAGGAGAGGCGGCGACCCCUCAAAACUCACCAAUCGGAGAGCUUCCUUCCUCUUGGCUCCAGGUCACAGCCCCAGUCCCAGGUCAUGGAGCCCCAGGUGAGCCCCAAGUCCCCGGUGUUCAGGACGGGGAGCGAGCCGGCACUCAGCCCCACGGUCCCGCGCAGGAUGGCCCUGGAGAUUCAGGCCGGGGAGGCCAUCCGCGGCUCUGACAGUCAGCUGUGCCCCAAGCCCCCCCCGAAGCCCAGCAAGGUGCCCUCCAUGCGGAUGCCCCGUUCCCCUCGCCUCCAGCGCCUCGCCCUUUCGCCGCCGGCUCCUCCCCCAAAACCGCAGCAGCAGCAGCAACAGCAGCAGCAGCAGCAGCUGCUCAGCCCAGAGGUAAACUACUGCGAGCUGAGCCCCUGCAGCCCGGCUGAAAGGGACAGAGUCAUCGGCCCACUCCCAAACAACAGCUACGUGGAUAGACUGAGGACAGAGGAGGCCAGGAAGAGCUGCCUCAGAGCCUCCAACCCCAACCUCUCUGGGCCCGUGCUGGACCGCAGCUCCUACCACCACGCCAUCGAGGCACUGGAGGACAGCAAUGAAGAGGAGGAGGAGGAGGACAGGGAGGGGGAGGAGGGAAAGCAGGCCAGGCCAGAGAAAAUAGAGAAGGAAGAGGAGCGAGUAGAGGAGAAGGCAAGGGCCUUCCGGCGGCCUGUGUUUGAGACGAUGUCGGCCUUCCGGCCAGGAGACUUUGAGAGCCGGCUCCUGCCGUCCGAGAACAAGCCCUUGGAGAUGAGCGUGCUGAAGAGAGCCAAAGAGCUGCUCCUCCGACAGGACCACAGGACCAUCGCCAAGCACAUCCUGCAGGCCGACUGCCAGGUUGCUAGGAUACUGAAUGUCUCUGAAGAGGUGAAGGGUCAGAUGGGAGUGAGCUCUGGUCUGGAGCUGGUGACACUUCCCCAUGGCAGGCAGCUGCGUCAGGACCUGAUGGAAAGGCACAGCACCAUGGCCAUCGGGGUGGCGGUGGACAUCCUGGGCUGCACGGGGAGCCUGGAGGAGCGCGCGGCCACGCUCAACCGCAUCAUCCUGGUGGCGCUGGAGCUCAAGGACUCCAUGGGGGACCUGUACGCCUUCUCCUCCAUCAUGAAGGCUCUGGACAUGCCACAGAUCACAAGGUUAGACCACACCUGGACCACCUUAAGAAGGAAAUACACGCAGACGGCCAUCAUAUACGAGAAGUCCCUCAAGCCCUUCUACAAGGGGCUGUAUGAAGGAAAUGUUGAUGUCCCUCUGGACAGCACCACAGUGCCCCUCCUAAUACCACUGCUGAUGCUGAUGGAGCGCCCGGCGGUGGCCUUCGAGGGCAUGGAGCUGUGGGAGAACAACGACCAGGGCUGUGAGAUCAUGCUCCGCCACCUGGAGGCGGCCCGGAUGAUGGCGCACCACGCGGACGUCUACCGCGCAAAAGCAGUGCGCAUCCUGCAAGAUUUCCAACCUGACGAAGACAUGCUGGAGAUCUUUAAGACGGACUUCCAGCUGCGGCUGCUGUGGGGCAGCCGAGGGGCAGCGGUGAACCAGACGGAGCGAUACGAGAAGUUCAAACUGAUCCUCACCGCCCUGUCCAGAAAGCUGGAGCCUCCGGUCAAGCACACUGAACUCUGAACCAGAGACUAAACAAGAG